AUGAAUGAUCAUCGGGUCAUCGUGGGGUUAAAUGAUCCCUUCUUCCUCUUCUUCGCAAAAUGUGAUGGGCUCCCAACCCACCUGUGGGUCCUUGCGGUGCCGAUCGGCUUCUAUGUCGAAGACUUGAGGGUAGUGAGCGGCACACACAUAUUGUUUCAUCGAUCGGUUAGAGGGUCUCGCCAAAGUGGGGCCUCCGCUGAUGGUGCUGAUCAUGUUGAUCUGCCAAUUCGCGUUUGGGGCUGGUGCCUGCGGUUGUCUGGCAAUGUAUUGAUCCAGCUUUCCUUCCCGAAUCAGGCGUUCAACGAUUUUCCUCAGACUAAUGCAGUCUUCGAUGUUGUGGCUGUUCUGCUGGUGAUAUCAGCAGAAUUUGCCGGUAUCCGAUUGUCCUGCUGA